AUGCGGAAAACUACGUUGAAUUCAUUUAGUCUUUUGUUCAGUCUUGCAAACUAUUAAACUCGUAAUGGCAAACGUGGUAUUAAAAUGGAAACGUCCGGAAACAAUUGAAUUUCCAAAAGUGUGGCACACAUUUAAAGCAAAAGAUUUGAAUACAGAUGAGCUGGUGGAAUAUCGAAUUCAAGAUUUACCAACAAAUCGUGUUGAAGACGUAUUUGAACACAUGAUGGCCAAUUAUAUUCAAGACGAACCAAUUAGUCAAGUGCUUGAGGGUUCAAAGGAUCCAAACCAUAUUGAAGAUUACAAGUUGUGUUGGAGCAAAAUGGCCGAGCAAAAAGUUCCGCUUGUGUGUUUCAAAGAAGGUUCCGAUGAAAUCGUUGGCGCAAAUAUGCUAUUCGUAUUGAAAAAAGAUGAUGAAUUUAUGCAAGCGGCGUGUGGACUUUUUAAAAGUCAAGUAACUAAGGACUUAUUUGAUUUGAUGAUGAUACUUUACGAGGAUUUCGAUACGUUUAAAUAUUAUGGAGUCGAUGAAUACUUGACAUCAUUUGGACUAUCUGUUAGCCGCAAAUAUCGUGGAAGAAGCAUUGGGGAUCAUUUUCUUGCAACAAGGAAGAAACUUUGCAAACAGUACAAUUUGAAGUUAACUCACACUUUUUUUACAUCCGACUAUUCAAAUCAAAAUGCAGACAAAGUUGGAUUUGAAACUAAUGUCGCUCUGAAAUAUGAAGACGUCAUUAAAGCCCAUCCGAGAUUUAGUCAUAUUGCAAAUAUCAAGAGUAAAGGAAUGACUUUGAAAACGUUAAUGUGCUGAAUUUACCUAAAGUUGUCAAAUUGUCGUUGCAAUAAAAAUCUUGUGAAAAAUGUAUGCAACAAACUAAAAUGGUUCUUAGAACCUCUAAGUUGGAAGAAACCAUAAAACAGCUUCACUUGAUUGAAAAAUGUGAAAUAUGGAAAUGUAUGGUGACAUUUUAGACAUUUUUUAUUCAUUUAAUACGGUUUAUAAACAACUACA